AUGGUAGAUGAUGUGGCGCUCAGCUCUAGGUUAAACAUGCUCAUGGAACGCGUCCAAUGGCAGAAUACACAACAGGAGCGACUUGUGAAUGAGCUGCGGCGUCUGCGCGGUGUGAGCGAGAAGCUACUGUACGACAAAGAGAUGCUAGUUCAGCGUGUUGAAGAACUGGAAGCCACAAAAAAUGAAUUGAUUUCGAAAGUGGUUCGGUAUCAGAUGGAUCUUUCGCGUCAAGCGGAGGUUGUGCGCAAAUUUAGCGUAAAUCAAAGUAUUAUUCAUUAUUUGGAGACGUGCGACGCAUCUGCAAUGGAAGAGGAAAUCCAGAAUCCGAGGGAGCUAAUUAUGGCAUUAAAGAAGGCGUGUAAGUUUCGCCACGACCAGUAUGAGAAGGUGGUAAAAGAAAAAUUGCAUUUGAAGGAGAUGCUUCGGAGUGUACAUCCACGAUUAACACAUCAGCAGAUAGAUGGCAAUAUCAGCAUGGCGAGGAACAAGGCCCAAAGUGCUUCAUCAAUGGCUUUUGAAAAUAAAUCUGCAUCCCCUACUUUCACAGAGCAAAUUGUGGUGGAGAGCAAGAAGCGCAAGAUCGAAUCGACGUCCAUAUCAGCCAGUGCUAUGCUCCUACGAAAACAGCAGGUCAACGAUGAGGAUUUAAAGUUUCCACACCAAUUCGAGCCGGUUGGAUCUCGCGCAGUAGCGUAUUCGGAUGUACCUCUCCGUCCCCCGGCGAGCUCACGGGACGUGUUUGGACACAGCAAUUUCAAUUCAUCCGGCGUGUUUCAUUUGAAGCCUUCAAGUUGUCCUCCACUGCAGAAUCUAGUCCCUCAUGCGACGGUGUGCCGCCAUGGACAUGAUGAAACGGGCAAGUUGACGAAUUCGUUUUGGCUGAAGGAAGACGACACGCGGUCUGGGUCUCGAAAGAAGUCUAUCCCGAGUAUGCAGCAUCUGUUGAACGCACAAUCACGAACGGCGAGUCAGCAGCAGGACCACAUUGUUAAUAACGACCGGCAGCAGUACGCGUUGACAAACUGGCUCCGCAAUAAUUAG